GGCGGCGGCCGACAAGACAGAACGAGGAACGAGGUCCAGUGUCCCCAUGGCGUGUUAGACUUCGAGCGAUUCUUGUCUAUUCUUUUGAAUUAUUGAAGCCUUUUGCGACGUAGAAACGAAGUACGGCAUACUUUUCGGGAUGGGCGAAGCUGUACCGCUCUGGUCCGAUAGUACUACGCCCGGGACUCGCAGUGUGUGCAAUUUUGGCCUCAGCUCGUUCCACUUGUGUCUGCAGCUGCAGAACAUUGUGAGUUUGUCUCCGUAGCGAAAGCCUCUUUCUUCCCUUGCCAAGUUACUAACCACUGUGGACACGAUGGUUCACUCUUGGGCGAGAGCGUUCAUGAAGCGUGGAGUCCUCGCCGCCCUCGCCGCUGUUUGCAUCGCCGCACGUGUCUCGGGAACUCCAGCGACGAGCAAUACAUGCGUGCUGGCAGAGCCUGGCGCAGACCUCAGUGUCGAAAACCACACACGCGUGGCGCUUUCAGUGACUCGGGCUGGCCAGCAAGUUUUUUUCACUUGCCCUGACGGUUCUCCGCUUGACCCGACCCGUGCAGUGCAGCAGGGUCGGUUCUACGCGGCUUCCGCCGACGGAACGACCUGCUUGUCGUCACAAGCCCCUGAGGCGUUGAGUGACAAAGUCCCGGGUUCUUACCUGACGGUCAUCAAAGGCGAAGGCAUAUCCGAAACGACGGUUGCGUUCUUCGUGCCUGCACUCCCCGCGACGGCGCAGAAUGUCUGCUUCUCGUGCUCAGGCAGAGCGGCAAACAAGCAAGACUGCCCCGUCGUCAUCUCGAUCGCGGGACGCACAGUCGGCCGCGCCGUGGAAGAGGAUCUCACUUGCAACGGAGAGGGCGAGAAAAAGAUUGCAGUUACAGAGCCCGGCACCCUCACCUUGCAUUGCGGCACAGAGACCCCCACCGCGGACCCCACCCUCGCCCGGGGAAAUGUGUUCACUGGUGCUGACUGCACAGAAAAAGUUGAACUGAAUACAGUGCUCAAAGACGCGACUCUGGAGGUUAAACCGCAAGAACAAACACCGCCUGCUCAGAACCCCGACGAAAAGAAGGACUAUGUCCUUAAGGUGACGUCGAUGCCAGAAGCCACCCAGCAAAUUUGCCUCAAGUGUGUACAACUAGAAAAUGAGAAAACAACGACACCACAAAAGACUUGCACCUUCAAAAUUGCUGUCGGCAAAGACGCAGAAGUAGACAGUGCAGGGUUCAGACCCUCGGUUGUCUCUGGUGUUGCCGUUGGCGUUUUUGUCUUGGCCUCCUCUCUCAUUCAGUAGAGACCCCCCCCCGCGGAUUUUCCGGUGUACGGCAGGAUUAGCUGCGUAGAAGCGUUUCAACACGGUACGUUUCUUGCUUUUUUCCCGCGCCCCCAGAGAAGCAUCGCGGAGGCGCCUCGUUUUACCCACACGACAGUCCUUUCUGGCUGUGUCUACCUGACAGGUAGUCGAAAACGGGAAGCGAAGCUCUGUUCUCAAAACUAGGACAGUUUUCGUUUCUCCCGCGAUUGAGUACAGCAGACGGAAGCCCGUUGAUACUUUGUUCCUCCCCAGGGAACUCUUUUGUACGAUUUAUUUUCACGAGAGUAACUGCGAGCUUGGUGCCCUCUGAUGUGUUUUGUAUGGCAUUUGCGAGUCUGCGUCAACUGACACAAGACAAACGAACUGGCAGUGCGCUCGCUGGCUUCUGCGCACUCUACUGCAUCUUGG